GCCAGGACAAAUGGAGGUGGAAGCAGCACAAAUUUUAUUUGGCCGCUCAUUGGAGAGACAUGGGCUCCGCUACACAACCAUGUUGUGUGAUGGAGACAGCCGGACCUUCAACAGUCUGCAGGAGGCAAGGGCAAACUGACAGGCGAGCUGGUCACAAAGCUCACGUCGUAUUAUAGAUGGGCUUUACAAAGCAACCAAGGAAGCAUUGAGGCCAUGAAUAAUGCUGUCUGGGCAACCCUUUUAUCACGUAGCAUCUACUGAUGCAAGCCCUCAGCACUCUCACUGCCCAACUAGGUGAAGAGUCAUGGUGCAAGUACAACAAGGCUGUUGCCAAGCAGGAGACUCCUCCGAAUCAUCGCUACAACCUGCCGGAGUACGUGGUUGAUGCCUUGCGGCCUAUUUACACGCGCCUCUCUGACAAGAAAUUGCUGGAGCGUUGUCAGCGAGGCAAAACACAGAACCCAAACGAGAGCCUGCACUCCGUCAUCUGGUCGCUCGUGUCCAAAAACAAACACGCGUCGCUUUUCACCGUUGAAGCUGCUGUGGCCGAAGCUGUUGCAAGGUUCAAAGCUGGCAAAGGGAGAGCAGAUGCCGCCAUAUUGAAGGAGCUGCAUCUGCAGCAGAGUGUUGUGGCCGCUGAAAGAUGCUCAGAAUAGGACAGUCGCCGACUAGUGGCAUCGGAGAAGAAGCAUGAGCAUGCUGAAAACUUCAAGCAUGCCAUGAAAAGAAAGCGCACCAAGGAGAAUGAUGAUGACUACAUUCCUGGUGGCUUCUAACAUGGUUAAUACACCGAUUCACGCCUUUUCUUGUUCAAUAUAAGUGCUCAGCAUGUUCC